UUCUCGGCCACCCUUCAUACCUUUCUCUUCCCAACCCCAUAUCACAUUAUUUUCUUCAAAUCUAUAGAUUUACCAAAAUCUGGGUUUCUCUUUAUCUCCCUCUCUUUGUUUUUCGUUGUCUGCUGGUGGUUAUAACGGUGAUGGUGAAAGAUGAGUGGGUUCAGGCGGCCAUCACGGACGACAACGUGGUGGUUGAGUUGUUGGUAAGGCUCAGGCAAGCCCAGGCGGCACCAUCGGCUCCCAAAUCUGAACUCAAAUGGGGGAUGCGUCAGAGGAGGUCUAGACCCACGUUGUUGCGCUGCUACGCCAAGAGAGACGGAGGUAGUCCCACCACGCCCCUUUGUUGGAGUGGUGGUAGCUUAGCCUCUCCUUCCGCCGCCGCCGACGUCUCUGAAGAGACCGGUACCCACCUCCUCCGCUCAUCUCCUGUCGCGCCUUCCAGAUCCAAGGGCAGUGCUUCUAGUGAAACAGACAGAACAGGUACCAAGAGGUCAAGAAAAAAGAAGACAUUUGCUGAACUGGAGGAGGAGAAUCUUCUUCUGAAGGAGAGGGUUCAUUUAGAAAAGGUGUGUGUUUUGUGGAUCAUCUUCAAUCCGAUCAUGAUGUAUUCUCUAGGCUGCAAUUCAUUAAUCUUACAGUCAUCUUCUCUGUUCAUUCAACAGGAACAGCAUCGACUCGUAAAGAGCAUCGAGCGCGAUGAGCUUGAAAGAAUCAGGCUUGGUUUGAACUCGGUGGACACCGCAAAGAACUCGAGUUUAAUUGAUGAUGAACCUGAGACGGUAAGUUGUCCGAAAGCAUCAUCUUCUUUGGACUCGACCCUCGAUGAUGAAGAUGAUCGUAAACCGGUGGUAGAUUCUCACAACGUGGGGAAGAGUAUUUUCGUACUGCCUGAUCUAAAUAUGGUGCCCGCUGAGGAUGAUUCAUGUCCUGAAGCGUUGUACGGGACUAGCUGACAGAUAAGCGCUGGUUACUUGCAUAUUAGAAUCGGAGUUGCUGGAAAAUUAGUAACAGCGACCAAGGCAAGAAGCUUGAUUGAAACUCGAUGAGGA